AUGGAAAGGAUAGGGAAAGAUUCUUGCUCGGGAGCGGCGGCGCGGGGGCUGGCGGGCGCGGCGCAGCUGCUGUGGCUGUUGCGGCGUCUGCGCGCGCCGGGCAGCGCGGGGGGCGGGCGGCGGGCUGCCACCCGAGCGGCUCGAGCUCGCCUGCCCGCGCGGCCGCCCGCUCGUCGUGGUGUUGCCCGCCGCCGCGCGCGCCCUCCACCAGGUGACCCAGCUGCGCUGCGAUUUAGACGGCCCCUUCCACGCCGGUACCGCCACACGCCACCGCCGCAUGGCCACACGUCUUUGACGCACGCUGAAGGUGAAGCUCCGCGACCGAUUGUCCCAUUUGUCACCGAACGCCGCAGCAGGGCAAACCCGCCACACGGGGAAGAUUAA